AGAGUUACGAGCGGAGCGUGGAGAGUCGCGCACGCUUGCAGCGUGAGACGGACGUCGAGACGCACGCGGCGAAGCAGUCUACGUGCGUGUGUUGACCUUGAACUUCUUUCGCACCGCACGUAGCUAAUCGGAGGUGCUGGGUGGGAGGGUGGGGAUAACAAAAUAGACGCGCGUGUAAAAGGUUAUCGUAAGACGUGUCGCGAACUGGGGAGAAAGGUGAUCGGGCCUUGGGCAGGAAAUGUCACGCGAAGCGACGACUCUCGUUGGUGGUGGAGGCUGACGGCGGAGUGGCAGCCAAAGGAGGGAGCGCAAACCGCCCGCGGAGAUGGAGCGGCGGGGAUCGCGGCUCGUGUGCGUGUUAGCGGGACGAGUCGUUUAGCGUCGCAAGAGCCGCGAGAGAAGAGACGGCGGCACGGUCGGUGGCGAGGAGUAGCUAUGGAGGGGACUUCCGACGGCAGAGUUGGAGCUAUGAAAUCAUCUGGUGCGCCAGGACGCGCGGUGGAUUGUCACGCCACCGCUGUUAUCCAACAGUGGAUCGAGAGAUAAUGGACGACGAUGACGACGAUGACGAUGAUGAUGCAGGCUGCGUGCGUGCAUGCCGACACCGCGCUGCGCCGCGAGUCACGAUUGGUAUCUUAGCCAUGGCCGACGACCGUGACGACGCUCGACUGCUGCAGUUGGAGGAAGACACAGACAGCCUGUGCGAUGUCCAGCCUCCCGGGAUAUUCAGCUGCUUCCUCAGCUACUGCGACGCCGACAGCGACUGGGCUCAGGGGCUCAUCUCCAAGCUGGAGAGCCCCGAGCGUGGGUUCAGCGUGUGUCAUCACGAGCGAGACUUCCUCGCCGGGAAGCCCAUCGUGGACAACAUGGUGGACGCCAUCCACAGGAGCCACAAGAUCUUGCUGGUCUUGAGCGCCGACUACUUGAGCAGCCGAUGGUGCACGUGGGAGACGCACAUGAGCAUCCUGGGCAACACGAAUAUCGGCAAAGCGAUCGUGCCAAUUCUCAUGGGGCCAGUCGACAUGCCCUUCCAGCUCAAGCACCUCACCUGCCUGGACGCCGCCGACCCGAAUUUCUUGGUCAAGCUGGACACCGUGCUGCGCACGCCGAACAGCCUCGUCGAGAUGUCCGCAACCCUCCCGUCGCCUUCCCGCAUGUUGCACAACGGGAUGCUGCUCCUGGUGAUGAGACCGCGAGAGCAGCACCUGGAGCCCUGGAAAGUCGGCACCUUCAACGAGUACAUGAUCCCGCCGAUGCUCGGGUGGAUCGUCAGCCUGCAGGACUUCAUGAAGGCCAUGCUCAUCAUCAACAAAAUGCCAAAGACGGCGAGCGUCUUCAGUGAACAUGAAAAACGAGAAAAAUGCAAAAGACUGUUGCAAUUAUUGAUAUUCGCGGUGAUUGUUGCUUUUAUAGCCGUCAUUAUGCGAUUUUCCGAAAACCGUCUAAUCUUCCCCGUGUCAAUCAGCGGCUUGGUGCUGUUGCUGGCGCUGCUGCUCGGGACGAUGUGGUACGUGUGGACGUGGCCCCGGCACGAGUACCGCAGGCAGCAGGCGCGGCUGCACGAGCGGGUCGGGGAGGCCAACCGCGUGUUCAUCACGAGCAGCAUCAUGGCGGGAUGCGGGCCCAGGGGGGAACUGCUCUUCGUGUACAUGUGCGUGGAGCAGUGCCGCGUGCUCGUCUGCAACAUGUUGAACGCGUGCCUGACGCUCACGCCCGCGGAAACCGAGGAGCUGUUCGUCAAGGCCCUGCGCCUCUUCUCGUGCGCCUACGUCGCGACCUGCGGUGAACAAGGGCUUCGCGCCGAAGGAUGCGGGAGGAGCCGCCAUCAGCCACGUGGAGGAGGGCAUGUGCUUCUGCGAGUACGUUCAGCACGUGGCGCGCGUCCAUCACAAGAUGCCCCUCGGACGCUGUUUAAUCCGCAGGAACAAAGUGAUGGUUUCCAAGAAUAAGCUGAGUGACAUCUACCCGGAAGCCAACGCCCGAAGGACGACUUUGCGAUUCUCAAAUUGAAACUUGCGCCCCGUAUGUCCUGCUCGGCCGCAUUGUAUCGGCGCGUAGGCUCGACGGCCCUCUCACCGUCCAUCGAUUCCACGCUCGGCGAUGGCUACACAACAACAACCGCCAUUCGCCACUAAGUGGCGGUGAUGUCACCACGACGCUUGUGCCAGGCCAAGUGCACAUUGAGGCCACGUGAAGUGUCGAACGCCCGCUGGCAGGAGGUCACGGGGCAGAUCCAGGUGCCACGGGUCGACUGACCGAGAUGACUGGCUGAUGUACCACCUGUGCCUCCUACUGUACCAACUAAUGGCUACACACACACUCAUACACACGUGCUUGGCUUCUUUCUUUGCAAGUCAUAUUGCAUGCACGAUUGGGAUGCACUCAGGUUUAUACGGAGCACGUUUAUUUUUUUUUCAUUUCCACGAGUCCGAGUUUGUUUUGUUUAACCGGGUGAGAACUGUCGUCGGAGAAGAGACCACGAUCAUCGCAAUUGGCGAGAGUAGCCCAAUGCGGAAACGUUGAGACCGGGGCUCUCGUGUCGAAGUUACGAAGCCGCUUUGCCGACUCCCUCGCACCGCUCUGCACGCCGGAGGCUGCGCAACCGCGGGGCGCGGCCGUGGUGAUGGGCACGGCCCAACGCGACAUUCGCGGCUCGCAAAGUCCUCGGAAAUCUUUGAAAGCCACGCAGUUUAACACGUAGCGGGCUCCAUAAUAGAGGUUUUUGGGUUCGAUCGCGUAAAUAUGUGUCGUUAAAACCUGCCAUCACCCGACACAGCCAACUAGUAAGGGUUGUCACAUAAACAGAACGUGCCAAUUCGUCACAGCACACCGGUGUGUUGGAGAGCCAAGCCACAACAUUUACAAUCUGAGUACGACGUUUCGCCAGUAAUUACAACUAGCUUCAUCAGGCGACAGCCAGCACAUUUUGAGGCUCGCGGAGGAUCACAGAACACGCGCGCGCUGCUCGGGUAAUAGACAAUCGGCGUGGGAAGGGCACAGCGCCGGCAAAGACGACGUCCGGUGGUUGACAUUAGCGACGGAGACGACUUCUACCCACAGACAUGGAGCAGUGGAAUCAACCGAUGUGCCCGGUGCGAGGUGGAGUGGCACACCACCGCAGGACCGUGAUGGUGACGGCUCGGGGAGGCCUUCAUCCAGCAGUGGAUAGAUCAUGGCCGAUGAUAAUAAUUGCAGAAUGACCCAAGCUCGACUGGGCGAGGUUCGUGGGGAAGGUUGCAUCCCUAAGUUGGUUCCCUUCCCACGCACAGAGAGCCAAUGGACGACGACAAAACAGGCACUGCUCUGGGUGCCGGGUGCUGUGCGUAGAGUGGUCCCUAGGGCACGGCGAAUCGGGGCGACUGCCCCGGGCCCCGCGAUCCGGGGGGGGGGGAGGGGGAAGGGGCGCGCUUCGACGGUACAGUGCCAGAAGUCAUACUUUAGGUUUGGUUUGAAGGCGUCGGGGGUGUGAGUUGACCCGGUCCCCGCAUCCCCCACGAUGCACGGCCCUGGCUGCUGGCUGGGCGCUGACCGUGAGAACACUGGACUGGUUGAGGCCAUGGCCAGGCUGCUUGCCUAGCUGCAUUACUUUUUUAGUUUGAGGUUUGUCGCUCUCCCUAACCACAGUAGGGCGUUAUCUUUUUAAUACAGCACUUAAAUAAUAUGAAACAAUUGCAUUGAAAGUGUAUGCUGAAUUGAACUUUGUCAUGAAUGUGUUUGGCAUUGUCUGAUCGCCUGUAUAAGGUCUAGAUUUUAAAAUGUUUUUAUACUUGCCUUUACGUUGUUGCUAUGUGGGCGUCACUUGAUGCCUUGGACUCGCCGGUGAACACAAUUUUCUAUCUCAAGGGAUUUUCCAGGUGAAAUGUUUCAAUAAACAUGAGAACGAACGGUACACUGCUGUUUAUGUCACGGGCACAGGUCAACACGCCUCGACUGUCAAACGCGUGUGGAGCAUCACCCAUCCCCAUCGGCCGUAUUGAGCCAAGUUCCGAUCCAUCCCCUUCUGGGAUCGCUCUGCUGCUGUCACCGUCCUUGGAUCUCGCCCAGAGCAGGAAGGACGCUGGCGAACAGAGCGGAACAACGCAGACGUCCAGAAUAUACAGCUCACUCGAUACCCAAACAUCAUCGCACCUGGCUGUGACAUUCCUGGAAGACACUGGUGGUAUAACCCAUCAACCGCAUCAGAACAUUUAAACAUCUGUUAAAACGAGCUCCAAAGCUCAUCAGAUGGCUCCACUCUAAAUAAAGAUUAUGAUUCUGAGAACAUCAACAGGCCGAUGCGAACAUCUUCAUAAAUGGGAAAUUAAAGACACAAACCACACCGCGAUUGUGGUUAUGCAACACAAACUAUGGACCAAAUCAUAAACCAAUGUAGUCUGCAAUCCUUCAACGGAGGAGGAAUAGCAAGACUACACAAACUCUCCCUCCUGAAGCCCUCUGGUGGCUAGCAAUCAUCGACAUUGCCAUUGACCUCCCGAACACACAGCUACAUGCACAAAUAGAACAGAACAGCCAAUUGCGGAUAUUCCACAUUCCCAUGGCACGGCUCGGUCUAUAUGGCGACCGCAGGCGAGCGCGAUAUUUGAACACUGCCUCGCACAAAACUGCGUUCACAAGCCACGGCGCUUGAGCCCACGACCCAAAUUCACCCUCCCCAGAGUCCAGCCCUCACUCGGCGCUG